CAAUUGCACGUGGGCGGAGCACCCCCUUUCCCGACACCGCCGCCGCGGGCUGCUGCGCGGAGCUGGGACGGAAGUGAGCGGGUCCCGCCCUCUCCUCUUCUCCGCUGUUUCGGGAGCGCGCGGACGCGCACGCGCUACUGGGCCGCCCCGAGACCGCCCGCCUCCGCCACCCUGCAGUGUGAGCGAGCGAGUGAGCGAGCGAGCCAACGAGCCAGCCAGCCAGGGAGAGCGACUGUGUCUAUCUGUCCCUGGCCGCCCCGAGCCGGGAUGAGCGGCUCCUCCUCAUGGAGACCAGACGGGUGGAGAUUCCCAGCAGCGUUCUGGACGAUCUCUGCAGCCGAUUUAUUUUGCACAUUCCUAGUGAGGAGAGAGACAAUGCUAUCCGACUGUGUUUUCAGAUUGAACUUGCCCAUUGGUUUUACUUGGAUUUCUACUUACAGAACAUACCAGGACUACCUCAGUGUGGGAUAAGAGACUUUGCUAAAGCUGUCUUCAGUCAUUGUCCUUUUCUGCUGCCUCAAGGUGAAGAUGUGCAAAGGGUUUUGGAUGAAUGGAAAGAGUAUAAAAUGGGAGUACCAACAUACGGGGCAAUAAUUCUUGAUGAAUCACUUGAAAAUGUUCUCCUGGUUCAGGGCUACCUAGCAAAAUCUGGCUGGGGGUUUCCAAAAGGAAAAGUAAAUAAAGAAGAGGCUCCACAUGACUGUGCUGCUAGAGAGGUCUUUGAAGAAACAGGUUUUGAUAUCAAAGAUUACAUUUGUAAGGAUGACUACAUUGAACUAAGAAUCAACGACCAGCUGGCCCGUUUGUAUAUCAUUCCAGGAGUUCCAAAGAACACCAAAUUCAACCCCAAAACCAGAAGAGAAAUUCGGAACAUUGAAUGGUUCUCGAUCGAGAAAUUGCCCUGCCACAGAAAUGACAUGACCCCCAAAUCCAAACUUGGUUUGGCCCCUAACAAAUUUUUCAUGACCAUUCCAUUUAUCAGGCCAUUAAGGGACUGGCUUUCUCGACGGUUUGGCGACUCCUCGGAUAGUGACAAUGGGUUUUGUUCAGCUGGUAGCACGCCAGUGAGACCCAGCGUGGAGAAGAUGAGUAGGUCUAAACUUCGCUACAACCAGCCGAUUUUUCCAGAGGGUUAUCCUACAGAUUACUGGGUAAAGCACAGGCAACUCCAGCAACAGAAGCCAUAUUACAGUCAUUGUGAGUUGGCUGAACUUUUAAAAAUAAAGAAUCAAAACUUGAAGGGGAAUGGCAGAAAGCAAUAUCAAGACUGUAGUAACCAGAAAAGGAGAACAAAUGGGAUCCAGAGUCAGCUGCCUAAGCAACAGCAGCAGACAUUGAAAUGUGAAAAAAAACUUAAUCCAAGAAAACUUCAGAAUCAUUUUGACUCUGCAGAUGCAGCGUAUGACUUGUCCUGCUCCAGUGAAGAACAGCUGUUCGAGCCUGCUGAGGGACCCACUCUGGCAUGUAAUGGCCAUUGCAAGUUCACAUUCUCCUCAAGAGCUUUCCUGAGCUUCAAAUUUGACCACAAUGCCAUAAUGAAGAACUUUGACCUUUGAUAGCUAAGGUGUUGUGGGAUCCCGAGGAUCAAAGACCCGUUGCAGCAGAGUGGAGGUCUAAUCAAGCCUUACCUUUCUCAGGUGUUCUCAAUGCAAUGCAGGGAUGCAGCGAUGGUUCUGGAGAGGCCGGUCUCUUGGCAGGAGAAGAGCGGCCCAGAAAGAUGGGUUUGCACUAUAAAUGCAGUAUCGCCUUUAUACACAGACUUCCCGUCUCAGUGUUUGACUUGCCAGUUCAGUUGGGUUUUUGAGGGCAUUCUUUCCAGGCUGAAUUUCGUGUUCUCGGUUUAGCUUUUUUAUCGCCGUUGGAAAACUUUUCUGUAUCGACAGGUUGUAAAGGUGGUGGAAAUAUUCCACUCUUCUUUUUCAGUAAAUGCAAUAACAGUAUAUUUGUGAAUGGGAUGCAUAAAAGGACUUUAUGGACUCUGGGACACUUUUGCACUCAUAUUCAAAGAUCAUUCAUGACUUGGGUAAAGGGCAGGGAUUGCCGACUGACUGCUUUGGGGACAUUGCUGGCAUUGCUUUGUCUUUGUUAGUUUGGGCUCAUCAUCACCAUCAAUGGGGCUGAGUGCUUCCUGUGUGCAGAGCACUGAACUGAGCUCUUAGGCAGCCACAGUCAAGCAGAGUCAGUAGUCACGUUCCCUGCCCACAACAAGCCUCUUCCCUUCUCUGUUUGGGGCCUGGAUGAGAGGUGGGCUUUUACCGAAAGCAUGGUGUGGGAUCGGCGUGUCUCACUGCUCUCUUUUGAACUCAUCUGAGAUUGUCUUACAGCAGAGAGGAUGGGAUGCCGACUUCCUGCCAGCUUCCCUUUCACAUCACUGCAGGCAAUCUUUAAUCUGGAGAGGGAAUGGAUUGUUUUUGUGGGGGAUAGCCAAAGAUGGAAUUUGGGGUUCUACUGUUGGGCAGUCUCUGAAGGGAAGGAGGGGAGAGCAGGAUGUUAGAAGCAGGCCCCCAGGUGCUGUUCUGCCCACGCCCUCCCUGUCCUUGCUCUUAAGCCUUCACCCCAGGAUUGUACAAAUGGUCUUGCCCUGGCUGAGAUUUCUGCUGCGGUAGAGUUAUGUAUGGAUGUGUCUAAAAAGCUCUAACAUGUUGGACUUGUAUCCUCGCCUUGCUUCCCAAUGUUGGGGCGUGGAAGUUGAAGGUGAAUGAGACUUCAGUUUGCUUUCGGAGUGUGACGAAUUACGAAACGUGACGCGUUACAGUUCUUGGAUGAUGGACCCGUGACGGGAGAAUCCGUCGCCAUUGCUCGAUUUCAGCACCUUGUGUUGGGGUGGGUGGAAAAUGUGAAACUAGUUCAGAAUUUCCACCUACUCUUUAAGAAAUGUACCUCAUGUCUUCACGAUUCUGGAAACAAAUCUAGGUAAGGGCUACAGUCCCCCAGUUUAGUAUCUAGGGUGAUCUAAAGGUUGAAGUUGCUUCGGAAUGAGACAUUUUUUAAUGGUUUUUGUUGGGUGGGUUUGGGUUUUGUGGUGUGCUUGCAUUUAAACUUUUUUACGUGUUGCAGCCACAAAAUUCAUCCUCGUUCCGAAGUCCCACCUUCUCUCCACAGUGAUCCAUGUAAGAAAACCAGCCUGGCUUAACUUAAUAUGACUUUAGGUAGGCUCUUUGGAACACACUUUCCCCUGCACUUGUCUUUGUUAGCCUUUAAAUAGGGGAAAUUUUAAGGAAGUUGUUUAUUUAGGAAAGUCACCCACCCUUUUUUGUGCCGGGCAGGGCUAGUUCAUAUUGACAGCUUAUCACCUAGAGCCCUACAUCAGUCAGUUCCUGGGAGCCCUUUAACCCUUUUUUUCUUUCUUUUUUUAAAUACUAAAGAGAGAGUCUUUCUCUCUGCCUUUGUUCUAAGACCUGUUGUCCCCUUGCUUGGGUCUUCACAAGCCAUAUUAUAUCAUUGGUCCCAGCAUUCCGGGCUAUGUUUUUAAAGUAUAAAAUGAUGCCUGGCAGAUCUUCAUUUGCCGGGCUGGCAGAUCAUUUUCAUUGGGACCUCAUUUUAGGUUUUAAGCAUUUUUACAGCACUCAGCUGUCUGGAUACCAGCAGUUGCGAUUCCCAGGUCUAAAGAAGUGUCAAGCAGAGCAGCCCGGCAGCCAGCGGCCAGUGAAAUUCUGUGCAGGUAAAGAUUGCUCCCCUCUUGUGGGGGCUUGUUUCUGGGGUGAGCUUCAGAAAUGAAAUGUUCUCUUUUUCAGUUGAGUAUAUUGCUGAUAUGCUGCUUUGCUUAAUGCACCAUGAAACAGAGUAAGGGGAAUGUUGAAAUAGAUUUGUUAAUUUUUGACUUUUACCUCUGUAGGCAAUUUGGGAUUGAAAACUUGUAAACCAUAAAAAUGUGAGAUGACGCCUGUCGGAAGCAAAAUAACUAUGCAGAAUAUAUGCGAGUGGGGUGUGCACAUUGUAUGCCACUGAACUUUCUCGAGCACACUCCCCGUGUAUUAUUAGUUUCUCAGUGUUCAGGGUAUGGUAAAGGCAGCACUUACCACAGAAGUUGAAUUCCUCUCCUGGAGUCAUCCAGCGUGUUCUGAGUAAAUCCAGUGAGCUACAAAUGUGUGCUAAAUAUGCAAUAAUAUCCUUCUUGUAGAGUGUGAUGCAUUUCAGGACAUUAAAAUGUUAAAUGUUAUCUUGUGUCUGAGAGAAUAGUUUGGAAGUUUGUUUUUUCAAGUUCCUAUGUCAGUAGCCACCCUCCUGAGUCCCAAGGUGUAGUGUGCUAUGAACAUUUGGAUUUUGCCUUGAUUAGUUUUGUGGGUGCUUUUUAUGUGUGACUGUUAUGAUUUUGAAGAUGUUAAAUGAGUCAUUUUAUGUAUUCCAAGAAGCAGGAGUACGGUUUACAUGUUUUGUUUUUUUUUAAAGUCAGCCUAUGUGAAGAAAUAACAGAUGAGUGAUUUUAGACGUUCAAAUGAUGUCACGUCGCCCUCUCCCCCCCCUUUCCCUUCUUCCUCCCUUUGCCCUUGUCUCCCUUCUCUUUUUGGUGAUAGCUGGGAAUUUGGAGAGGUGAGAAUACCUGAUCAAACCAUCUGUGAAGAUGUUUGACAGUGUUUUAGUAUUUAAGUAAAAUAUACUAGAAAAUUAAGUGAGAUGACAUUGUGGCUUUAUAUUUUUUGGUGGGGUUCCCCCUCCCCACCCCAAUUAGUUAAUGUCGGCCUCAUCCCACAAUGGCCAAGAAAUGGUGAGAAUAACUUGUGCAUCUGAGAGUUAGAAGUCAAAGGCCCCUAUUGUUAUAGUGGUGAGGAGUAAAAGUCUGUUGAGGUAGUCACUUCCCACACAGGAGCGGGUUGGCAGUGGGUCUUUGAAGAGCUUUUAGCUAUUUGUGUGUUUUGUUUUGUUUUUAAAGAAUCGUUGUGAACAUCACUAUCUGUGAGAAAAAAGACAUAUAUCUGAAGUUGUAUACCAUAGUUUGGUUCCUGGAAAAUUUCCAACCCUGACUGCACAGGAGGAUUCAUUUCUCCACCAAAAGUCGAAGGUUCAUAUGGCUUGUGGGCCUAGUGAUUUGGUUAGUGAUCGACACCUAUGUGGCAGCAGGAGAAAUGCAUAGAUUGUAUAGUUCUUUCCCAAGCGGUGGGUACAAUGUUCUGCACCCAGGCUCUCAAAAGGCUUUCAGUAAAUGUCAUCAUUGGCUGCCAGCUCCCUUCACUGGAGAACAGCUCAAUGCCCGGCUGGAGUAACUUGCUCCCUUAGAAAAUUGUGACCAGUGGCUAAUAGCACACAGCCAAACAGUCACGUCAACAACUAUAGUUGAACCACCUACUGGGUCGUUUUUCUCCCUUUAAAGUAUUCCAUUGACUCAUGGAGCUGUCAUCUUGGUCUCUCCUUUUUCACUUGAUCCACGUUCCGCCCCUCCACCAGGCUCAUGAUCUCACGCGAAGAAGAUGGCGUGAAAUUGCUCCAAAAGCCGUUCCAGGGCCAACCGGCACUGGACGAGUGGUUUUAGGGAGGGGACAGAUUACCUUUUGCAAUCCCAAUGCGUCAGUGGCAAAGGAUGGUUUAAACAGGCACACGGUGUGGAAGGGACCGCCAGUUGCAAGUCGGUUUUGGUUUUCUCAUCCACACUCGUGAUCGGUAGUGUCAUCUUUGAUCCCGAAAGAUAGCUACGGCCUGGGUGUUUAUGCCAUUCAAACCAAGGUGGAGUGUAAAAGGCUUCCAAAGAGCAAAGAUGGUGACCUUUCAUGGAGGUGUGGGCUAUUGUGCAUGGUUGAGAACUGCGUGUAAGGACACACCGUAAAAGGCAGCAUUUAAGGUGCAUGUCUUGACAUGUUCUUUUCAGGAGCUGCCCUUCAAGGUGUGGAGUGGAUCCUGCUAUAUAGAGUGAAGUGGGGUUGAGCUGGCUGGAGGGGGGAUUCUAGGUGGCAGUGUACAGAGUCUGAAAGGAGGUACUCUUUACAAUACCUCAUGAGUUUAAAGCCCAUUCUUCCACUGCCCUAAAAGUAGGUAGGGUUAACUUCCAGGGCUUCUCAAAGCAGUCUUCCAUAACAGGCCAAUCCUCAGGGCAAACCAAGGAGCAGGUCUCCUGGUCCUGGCCUUGAUAGGAAGCCAAGUGUGGCUGUCUUUCUUGGACUCUCCUUUCUGCCCCUCCAUCAGGAAUAUUUUCUCUCCGUGACCCAUCCUGCGUCUCCCCAUCUAGUCCGUAAGCCCGUCGUGGGCAGGUAAUGUUUGUUAAACUGUCUGUACUCUCCCAGGCGCUUACUACAGGGCACUGUACACACUAAGCGCUCAGUAAAUAUAACUGAUUGAUUGCCCCUGCCAAAAAGCAGGCACUAGGCCUAUUAAGGAGCCCUCCCACCCCCAAACACCUUUGCCUGGCAAGCUAUGCAUUUCCCGCUUUAGGUUGGUAGCAGGAGGCAAGUCCUCUUGGACUCGAGCUAGAGGGGCAGGGGUUCCUGGCUAGGCUUCAGGUUAAAUAAUCCAGGAUCAUUCUUGGUUGUCUGAUUGGAAACGUGAAGUCGAAGCCAACGGAGGAGGAUGUCACGGUCACAUUCUCUCAGAGUUGCUUGUGAGCAUUUUCACCACCUCUGGAAUAGGCCUUUAUGAGCGGAGGGAUGUUAACCAUUUAGAAAAUUUUCAAUUGUAAAUACUCUUAACCGGUUUUCAAUUGCAGCUUAAACGUUUUGGACCCGAGACUCUACAUUGCUAUUCAUUUUUAAGCUUUGAGAAAUAGUUCUAUGUUCCUUAUUUGGGCACAAUAGACACUUGGCAGAUUAGCUUGGCUUUUGUGUUGACUGGGUUUUUUGUGUUAUUUUUUUUUAAAUGGCCCGGGAUGUGCAUUCAGGAAAAAGAGCAGUGAGUAUAAAAAUUAAAUGAAUGCCGCCCAGCGCUAUGUCUUGUCAAAAACCUCUAACACUUUUAGCGAUAUGCUAAUCUCAGAAAGGGAGAGGGUCAGAAAUAGGGGAGAAAGGGUUGGCAUUUGCACUGUUCAUUAGAUUGUAAGCUCCUCAAGGGCAGGGACUAUGUCUUCGAUUUUUAUUGUAUGCUCUCAAAUGCCUAGUACAGUACUCUGCACGCAGGCACUCAGUAAAUACUGAUGUUGUUCACAUACUGUACAUAAGCACUGACUGGAAAGCACAAGAAGACGAGUCUGCAUCUCCUUGUGCAUUUCACUACUGUUCCCUGAGCACGAUGUGCUUUCAGCCACACUGCAGGCAAGACCCUGCUGUCUGUCGCAGUCAUUUUAAUUUCACCUUUUGGCUCUGGCAAAAGCAAGCCUGAAAGAGCUUUGGACUUUGAUCUUUCAUUGACUGAAAGCAAAGCUGUCUCUGAGAGCCAGGUGCCUGUGAUUUCACUCCUCCUUUUUUACUUUAUUAUCUUUUCUCUCAUUCUCUCUUGAUAUAGACAUAUAUAUUUCAUACAUAGAUGUUUAGCAUGUCAAAUUAAAACUUGAUGAGAGGGCCGUGCAUGCGUGUGUGUGCCGUUUGCAGGGGAGGAGAAAGGGUUUGCUUUGGGGAACAGGCACAGCCUCGUAGUCCAGGGAGAAAGCAAUUAAUAUUUUUGUCCAGAGGUUUUUGGAAUGUUUGUUUGAAAAACAAACAGUUCACUAGUCUUACAAGCAAGAACGAAGACAACCUUGAGAUGAAGCAUGUUAAAGACACCAACCUAAAGACAUUUAAUAUGCAGGCAUCCAGAUAAUGGUAGGCAAACAGCACUCACUAAGGAAGCAAUUAGCAAAUCGUUUUAUUGAGAGGCAGAAAUGGGAAUGUUUCAGGGGAGAGUUUUAAGGCACAUUGUGUUUUUAAACUCCCCAUUUCCCACCCCAGCGAAAGUGUGACCUCCAUAAAAUGGUGGUUUAGCAGUUUUCUAUUUUUUUUUUUUGAAUUAUCUCUUUCAAGGGAGAUAGGGAGCAAAACUUGCCAAAAAAAAAAAGUCUAUGGUAGUCAAAUUAUCUGCCUUCUGUUUUGUAAUAACUAUUAAAUAGUGACCAUCAGUCACCUACAAGACAACAGGAAAGCAAACCAUUCUAAUACCCAUUAGGAGUUCAGAAGAGUGGGCUGGAUGCCCCAGUGCCCAUAGCAAGUGAUGGAGUGGGAUCAAGGUCAAACCUUUUGGGUGACUAACUUGUAGCAGCAGCAACUCACCACCUCCUUCCAUGCUACCUAUAUGUCUGACCAGGGGCAAGAGAGUGGGGGAUGAAGGUGACAAGCAAAGGUUUUCUGGCAAAUGGUGUCAGUGUGUCACACAAGGCAGUUCAACAGGUAUGUGUGGGUUUAAUUUGUGUCUGGGGGACAAGACUACCUGAUGGUUCUAAAGACCAGUCCCUGUGUUUGUCUCACCAGAAUCCAUUCAUUCUAACUGCAGCUAUUUAAUAGUUAUUAUAGAGUGACUAUUUUUGAAGGAGUUUUGCAUACACAGUUGAGAAACUCUAACACAUUCUUUGUUUUAUUAAACAUCGAGUGUCAGCUUGGUUUCCUUUGUAUUGAUGCUUUUUUUUUUUUACCAUUGAAUAUUGAGAUAUUGACUUCUCUAUAAUUACUGUAUUAACUUGAAGUACAAGAGUGAACAGAUUGCUCUCUGCAGUGAGCGACAUCCGUGAAGCUUACUGCUGAGGCCGUCUCUGUUCACAGCUUUAGCAUAGAGUGUUUCUGUUCAUAUUGCCUUAAAUGCCAAAUACCAGCAUGGAUGCCACAGAUAAAAGGUCAGCACUAUAGAUUUGAACUGGGCUACCCACAGCCGAGAAGGUGGUUGGUUGUCUUUGGAAAGCGAGGAUGAAGGCCAGUGCACACAUUUCUUUAAGAGGAAUCCAGGUGGGUUACUAACCUGAGGGAAUGAAGAUCUGAUGCGAUGGAUCAGUCAGUUCUGUUUCAGUAUUUGUAAUGUGAACAAUGCAUUGGUGAUUUACUUGUCAUCUAUUAAGUUUCAUUAAAAAUCAGCUGUUUACAA